CCCCUGCGCUGCAGGAAGGAGCUGCCCGAGCCACAGCGCCGGGCCCGCAGCGCGCCGACACGCACCAUGCCCCGCAUCGAUGCGGACCUCAAGCUGGACUUCAAGGAUGUCCUGCUGCGACCCAAGCGGAGCAGCCUCAAGAGCCGAUCCGAGGUGGAUCUUGAGCGAACCUUCACGUUUCGAAACUCCAAGCAGACCUACUCAGGGAUCCCCAUCAUCGUGGCCAACAUGGACACAGUGGGGACAUUCGAGAUGGCGGUGGUGAUGUCACAGCACACCAUGUUUACAGCGAUUCACAAGCAUUACUCCCUGGAUGACUGGAAGCAGUUUGCCAGGAAUCACCCAGAAUGCCUGCAGCAUAUCGCCGUGAGUUCGGGCAGUGGCAAGAAUGAUCUGGAGAAGAUGAGCAGCAUCCUGGAAGCCGUGCCCCAGGUGAAGUUCAUUUGCCUGGAUGUGGCCAAUGGCUAUUCCGAACAUUUCGUGGAGUUUGUGAAACUGGUCCGCGCCAAAUUCCCUGAACACACGAUUAUGGCGGGCAACGUGGUGACAGGGGAGAUGGUGGAGGAGCUGAUUCUCUCCGGAGCGGACAUCAUCAAAGUGGGAGUGGGUCCAGGUUCCGUGUGUACCACCCGCACCAAGACUGGAGUGGGCUACCCGCAGCUGAGCGCAGUGAUCGAGUGCGCAGACUCAGCCCAUGGCCUGAAGGGCCACAUCAUCUCAGACGGAGGCUGCACGUGCCCAGGAGAUGUCGCCAAAGCCUUUGGAGCCGGAGCAGAUUUUGUUAUGCUGGGCGGGAUGUUUUCGGGCCAUACCGAAUGUGCCGGUGAGGUGAUCGAGAAGAAUGGGCAGAAGCUGAAGCUCUUCUAUGGGAUGAGCUCCGACACGGCCAUGAAGAAACAUGCGGGAGGAGUUGCAGAGUACAGAGCUUCUGAGGGCAAGACUGUGGAAGUGCCUUACAAAGGGGAUGUGGAAAACACGAUUCUGGAUAUACUCGGGGGACUGAGGUCUACCUGCACCUAUGUGGGGGCCGCCAAACUCAAAGAGCUGAGCAGGAGGGCCACGUUCAUCCGGGUCACCCAACAGCACAACACCGUGUUCAGCUGACCUCCUGGACAACCUGCCUGCCGGCCUCUGGAAGCUCAUUCAUCCCCUCCCCGCUGCUCCCCCAUACACACAUACACACACACACACACACACACACACACAUAUGCACUCACACACGCAUGCAUUCACACACGCAUGCACUUUACACAAAUGCAAACACACACACACUUACACACACCCCUGCUUUCCUCUCCCUCCUCUUCAUCGCUUCCUCCUGGUUGGUGGAAUGUGGCCGCCUCCUCCCCGUCCUGUUACCUGGAGGCUUUUGGGGCUCCCCCACCCGCCCAGUGCCUUCCAGGGGGCCCCAAAUUGGGCAUGAUGGGCCAGAGGUCAGAGCCCAGUGGCCUGGAUCUCGGAACCUCAUUGUUAAGACUAACACUUGCACCUUUUCUUGCUUUUUACAAAGAAGGUUUCACUUUAAUAUAAUGCUGUUAUCUUAA